GCGGAACAUGCUCUCGCUGCCACUACAGUAUUUGUUGUGCAAAGCUUCUACAUCUACAAUAUCUGGACAAUGAUGGCGAACAAGCGCUAUCAACUUCCGCUUGGCGUUACUGGUCUGGUUCUCGCUCUCACGUCAUACGCUGGAAGUUGGGGAGUGGUCUACAUGGUGUAUGGGAGCGGUGACCUCGCCUCCGACGUGAUGCAUGUGCUAUCUCCAGGUCGCGUGCAAGCCGCGUUUGCAUCCGCGACGGACAUUUGUAUCGCGACUUCGAUGUGUCUCGUGCUGCGCGAGGCCACAACGGGAUUUCGAGCAACGCAAGCCAUCGUUGCGAAACUGAUCAGCUAUGCGAUCAACCGUGGAAUCGUGCUGACCGUGCUGCAGAUCCUGCAACUUGGGUUGACUGCAUCCACUGACACGGAGGUGGACCAGAUAUUCUACUUUCCCCUGAGCACGGUUUACGUCAAUUCAGUACUUGCUGUGCUGAAUGCGCGCGGGCAUUUGCGCGAAAAGAAGAACGGAUCCGCUCAGCGAAUACGAUGCCACAGCAUCCACAUUUCACCGCUGUAGCGGUCCAAUCGAGGAAUGUUGAUAUUUGUUGACCGAAGUUCUACGACGGCACUGUGUGUUGUGGUGCUGCAUACUUAUGACUCGGGCUGUUAGGUUGAUUUUUGUUUGUAUGAAC